AUGCGGAAAGCCGUGCUAGACCUGAUGAAGCGAGUCUGCAGGGAGAUGAAAGACUUAGACGGUCUGCAGAUCAUGAAGGGAUAUCUCAACAACCCCACAACAUCGGCAUUCACACUGGACAAGGAAAGAUGGAUCCACACGGGUGACGUGGGAUACGUAGAUGAGGAUGAAUGUUUAUACAUUGUAGACAGUAUUAAGGAACUAAUCAUGUAUAAAGCCUAUCAGGUGGCGCCAGCUGAGCUGGCGGCGAAGCUGCUACAGCAUCCUAGCGUGGCCGACGCGGCCGUCAUCGGCGUCCCGGACGAGGAAGCUGGAGAACUCCCCAAGGCGUACGUCGUGCGCAGCGACCAGUGCCUUCUGGCGGAGGAUUUGCACAGCUAUCUACGAGUGCACGUAGAAUCCAUGCAGAAGCGGGUACGAGGAGGCAUCGAGUUUGUCAGCGAGAUUCCCAUGUCGGCAUCCGGAAAGAUUCUGAGGCGACAGCUCCGCGCGAGAAACAAGAAGCUGUCGCGUUUGUGAAGCGGCCAUGUUGUUGGUACGGAAGCAUCGGGAAGGAAAUUCUAUUUCAACAAUACAAUUCCUAGAAGCUAACAAUAAGGCGUAAAGUUAUAUGAGGUUUGAAAAGUAAACUCAUAACGUUUUAUACGUCCACUUGUCUGUAAUUUUCUCUGAUGUAAAGGUAUUAUCGUCGACGAAAGUAUAGUCUUUCACUUACACUGUAUUAAUAUUUUAUUGUUUUACUAUAAGUUUAACUUAGUGCAGUAGUUUCAUGCAGUAUUCUUUUACUCUUACAUACACGUUAAUUAUGAAAAUGGUAAAAACAUAUUAUUAAAAUAGAAUAGCUCAAUUAUGAAUAAAUAUACUGGAAAAUUA